AUGUCUGCAACAGAGCCUGCAGGUCCAGCGCUGGAAGAUGCCUCAAAUCCUCAGGAUGGGGUACAGACGCGAAAACAACUCACAAAAGCGGAGAGGAGAGAGCUUCAAGAGCGCCAAAGAGCUGCAAAGGCUGCUGCUACUGCAUCGAAUCCGUCAAACAAGUCCCAGAAUCAGAAAACACCACAGAGUCAAUCAAAUAAACAGCCAAAGAAGGAUCCAACCAGCGUAGCAGGUCCAUCGGGCAGCAGCGCGACAGCAACCAGUGGGAAGAAGCCAACUCCAAAACCUGGUAGAGAUGCAGACAAAAUCGCGCCAGGAGCUGGUGGGAUGGACAAAGGAGACAAAAUUGCGGACCUGGAGACUCAGCGGAGACACCAGACCAGGAUAUUUGCACAUUUCGCCUCGCCAAAGCAAGAUGCCCAGAUUGGGGCCGGAAUCAAAGGCGAGAUACAUCCAACCAUCGUCAGACUCGGGCGACAGUUUGCGGACAUGAAGAUUGUUGGGGCAAAUGCAAGAUGUAUCGCAAUGCUUGUGGCAUUCAAAGCGGUUAUUCAAGACUAUGUGACGCCGCCCAACCAGACAUUGGCACGAGAUCUCACGCAGUACCUAUCUCCUCAAAUCAGCUAUCUCGUCUCGGCCCGGCCAAUGGCGGUCAGCAUGGGAAAUGCGAUCCGCGAGCUCAAGUACCAUAUUAGUGUAGUCAGCAUCGAUGUACCAGAACAAGACGCCAAAGACCACCUAUGCGAGCAAAUAGACACCUAUAUAAGCCAUAGGAUUGUACUGGCCGAUAGUGUGAUAGAAGAAUAUGCAAUGCCCAAGAUUCAGAACGGGGCCGUCAUUAUGACAUUUGCUCGAUCUUCCGUUGUUGAGAGGGUGUUGAUCUCAGCUUGGUCAAGAGGGAAACGAUUCUCAGUCAAAGUCGUCGACUCAGCUCCGCUUUCAGAAGGUCGAAAAAUGCUUUCUGCUCUCCUCAAAGCAGGCAUCCCUUGCACAUACCUCUUGGUAAAUGGCAUUGGAUCGCUGAUAUCAACUGUCUCUUUGGUUUUCCUGGGAGCUCAUGCAAUCAAUUCUAAUGGAUCAGUGUAUUCAAGAGCGGGCACUGCAUUGGUCGCCAUGCUUGCCAAAGAACACUCUGUCCCCGUUUUGGUGCUCAGCGAGACCUACAAGUACUCAAAUAAUCUCCAGCUUGAUAGCUUUACAAAAAACGAGCUAGCUGCCUUGAGUGACACCCUUCAGCCGCCCAACGGCCAGGGCCAUCUCUUGUCACAAUCAAGUCUCCAAAUUAUUAACCCACUUUACGAUCUCACACCACAUACACAUAUUACCGUCUUGGUGACCGAGGUUGGGCUUAUACCUCCAAGCGCAAUCUCGACCUUGGCGGGCCUUCGAGACAAAGACAAAGGCUUACAACUAGCGGUGUAA